GCGCACAGACGUGCCAUGGCCACCACGGCGCAGUACCUGCCGCGCGGCAGCGCGCUGCUGCCGCCCGACCACCACCACCACCACCACCACCACCAUCACCCCCACCACCACCACCACCACCCGGCCGCGGCGUACCGCGACGUGCCCAAGAUGAUGCACCCGCACGAGUACCUGCCGGGGCUGGCGGGCCCCCCCGCGGGACACGCCGUGAGCCUGGCGCCGCCGCCGCAGUGGCCGCAGCAGGGCGGCGCGGACUGGGGCGGCGGAGGCGGCGGCGGCGGCGGCGGAGGAGGCGGCGGCGGCGGCGGCGGCGGCGGGGCGGCGGCGGCGGAGCACGGCAAGGGCGCGCCGGGCCGCGACGACUUCCACGCGGUGCCGCGGGCGCACCUGGUGGGGCCGCAGGCGGCGGCGGGCGGGUGGGCGCAGGGCGCCGGCCACCACCUGGCGCCCAUGUCGCCGCCCGCGCCCGCGGGGCACCAGGCGCUGCUGUACGGCCAGCCGCCCUACGGCGCGAUGCUGCCGCCGCCGGCGCUGCACCACGGGCUGGCCCACGACGGCGCCGGCCCCGAGCCGCCGCCGCACGCGCCGCCGUCGCCGCCGCCGCUGGGCCACCCGCCCGAGCCGGCCGACGACGACGCGCCCAGCUCGGACGACCUGGAGCAGUUCGCGAAGCAGUUCAAGCAGCGCCGCAUCAAGCUGGGCUUCACGCAGGCCGACGUGGGGCUGGCGCUCGGCACCCUCUACGGCAACGUCUUCUCGCAGACCACCAUCUGCCGCUUCGAGGCGCUGCAGCUCAGCUUCAAGAACAUGUGCAAGCUCAAGCCCCUGCUCAACAAGUGGCUGGAGGAGACGGACUCCUCCACGGGCAGCCCCACCAACCUGGACAAGAUCGCGGCGCAGGGCCGCAAGCGCAAGAAGCGCACCUCCAUCGAGGUGGGCGUCAAGGGCGCCCUGGAGAACCACUUCCUCAAGUGCCCCAAGCCCUCGGCGCACGAGAUCACCUCGCUGGCGGACAGUCUGCAGCUGGAGAAGGAGGUGGUGCGGGUCUGGUUCUGCAACCGGCGGCAGAAGGAGAAGCGCAUGACGCCGGCCGGCCCGCCGCACGCGCCCAUGGAGGACGUUUACUCGCAAGCCGACGCCUCGCCGCUGCACCACACGCUGCCGGGCGCCGCGCCCUGACCGCGCCGUCGGGCCGCUCGCCCCGCGCCGCGCCGCGCCGCUCCCCUCGCCCCGCACCGCACCGCACCGCCCGCACCGCACCGCACCGCACCGCCCGCACCCCGGCUCUGUAUUUAUUCCGCCGGCCGACGGACGGACGGACGGACGGACGGACAGGCAGGCGGGCGGGUGGGGAGAACUAGCCAAAGCCUCACACCGUAGCUGCUCUGCAGUUGAACGGACAACGAGCAAAGGGUGCGACGGCCGAAGAGCGCUAUUGCCUUUUAUCGUUUUCCCAGACUGUCCUUCCUUGUAAAUUUGAGUGAGAGACUCAUCGUAGUGGCCCGGCUCCCUGCCUCGGGGACGGGAACUGCCUGAUAAUACGGAGCGGGUUGGAAAUACGUGAAUGAGCGAGUGUACAAAAUUGUGCGUGUAGAUGGCAGCUGAUUUGGAUGCGUCUCAAUGGGGCCACGAUGCGUGCUAGGGGCUCGAACCAGAGCCGGGGGCAGGGGCUGGGAGUGUUUCCGUUAGUCCGUCUAGUUUCCAUGGAUGUUUGGCCUGUUUAUCGGUCCUCGUUCCCUCAUCUCCGGCGCCCGCUGGUCACUUCUCACCCACCCGAAGGGGGACACAACUUUGAGGCAGGCAAGACCCCUCCUCGGGCCAGGGCCUGGGAAGAGCGGAGCCUUUCACAAACUCUGGGCCGUGUUAUUUUUACAACUGGGGCAAAGUUUUAAGAGGCGCUGUGGCUGGGGCCGCGUGCCUGCCUUGUUCCUCGUGUCAGUCGUUCCGACCCCCAGACUGACCCAAAGGCUGUGCUGCUCGCACCGGGCUUUGUAUUUGUCACUGAAAAAUCAAUACGGUUUUUAAUCAGCGUGCCAGGGUGGGAGGUCUCUGGUGCCAGCCCAAGGAGAAAUAAAAAAGCACAAGGUGGGCUUUUCAAGCGCGUCAGCAGCAGCAUGAAUUGCAGCGUGGAAAAGCAGGGUACUGGUGCACGGAGAACAAGGGACAGGGAGCCCAGCUCAGCUUUCAUGCCAGGCCCCUCACCAGCGUGCCAGGACGCCCAUCGGGGCUCCAGAGCAUCAUGCCAUUGGUGCCAGCUGGCGCCCGAGUGAAUCGCAUCUCUGGCAUUCAUUCCCUUGCAUCGCCGGUGGCUUCAGAGAACCUGGCUGGCUGGGUUUCCCUUUGGAGAAGCGCUGGCAUGUCUCCGCAGUUGGCACCAGCCACCUGUCCCACCUGUCCUCCACGGUGCGGUGCAGCUGGCACGUACACCAUGUGCCUUGGCCUCCUGCUAGCCUCCCCCUUGCCUCUGCCGGAGAAGGUCCUCCGUGGGCCCUUCUCGCCGGGCUGCUUGCCCGCUCCCCUGCCUGCCUGCCUGCUGCAAACGGCUGAGAGCGCUGCAGGACCGGACCUCGCAUUGCCGAAGGGAGCCGCUCCCUCCCAUGCAGAGACCUGCAAAGCCCGCAGCGGUCAAUAAAGCAGUCAUUUUCAGGGCCUGACCCAAAGGCCAGCGUGUCUGGGGCGCUGGGAUGACUAUACACUGCUGCGGAGGGAGCGUCCUGCACACUUAGAGGCAUCCCUGGGCGAGGUGUGAAGUCAGCGUAGUGACAGAAGCAGCCCCCACAAGUCCUCCCAUAGCCUACAGGCCUGCAUGCCCGCAGGGGCCUUGGGCACAUCGUCACGCCCAGCACCCGUGGCUCGGCGCAGAGACGGCCCUUCCUGGCAACAGGCCGUGGCACCGAGGGUCCUUAGCGUGGGCAAGCGGGACGGCUCCUCCCUGCGUCACGGGGGCAAGGACCGUGCUGCCCUGCCCCCAGCCGCCUGUGAAAGGGGCAGCACGUCAAGGAGCUGCGCUUCCUCGGCCGCUCUUUGUCUUCCUGAGAUCGCUCCGUGUACUCUCCAGCGCAGCAUGCAAGCUUGUCUCUCCAAGCCACUUCACCCGUGUGUGCAGCUCCCCGGACCAAGGCAACACAGGCCUGUGGCAGUGGCACAAGGAAGGAGCGCGCUGGAAGCACGGCGUUUCGGCUGCCCCCAGACUCACACCCCAGCCUGCGAGCCCAUCGGUGCACGGUGCUGCCAUCCACCCCACGGGGUGCCGGCUGUCCCCCCGAAGCUGCCGGCAUGCACAGUAACCCCCCUCAUCAGCCCAGAUAACUGGCCUGGAAAGGCAAAACUGCUGUCACCAGCAAUGCCCGUGCAUGGUGGGGCCACCGGUGAUUUAAAAUUCAAACGACCAACAAAUAAGAGUCCUGUGGUUGCUUAUGAGCCCGAUCCCUGGGCCCCAAGAGAGUCUCGGGGACCGCACCGUGAGAAAGCUGGCCCUGGUGUCCGGUCACCAGGCAGCUCAGCUUUCCUCCCGGUGGAGAUGGCACAAACAGAGCCCUGAGAAAUAGUUUCCGGAGUGUAUUUGUCACAAGACUUGGAUCCACUUCCUCCUCAGCGGGACACAGGAGAGCUUUCGCCGGCCAUCACCGACAGCUGCUGCCUCCCAGCCACUCUCGCAGGGUGUUAAUUGCUCGUGGCAUGCCCGGGCCAGGUCCUGGGCUCCCCUCUGUGCCCAGCGCAGACGCCUUUCUGCUUCCUUGCCCCCCAGGCCAGUGCGCAGACCUGCUUUAAACUGGUCUUGCUGGUAAAGCCAGAGCCAGCCUCGCGCCUUUCUGCAGGGGCAAGGGGAGCAGGAGGAACAGCUGGCAGGGCCGGUCCCGUGGCUUCUCCUGGAGGAGUCUGCUCUACCCAGGGGAGGAGGAGCGAUGUGGGGAUGGGUGGGAGUCUGGGCCUUGCCAGGGUUGGGGAGCAGACAGGCAGACGGGGAGGGAUGGACAGACCGGGUUCAGAGCCAUUGAGGGAGAGGCGCUGGGAUCGAUACCUGGAGUAUUUGAUAUUCCGCUUAGCGAAACCCUUGCUACGUCUUUAAUUACUGUUUCUGAAAGCGCCACGGGAUGGAAAGCAAAAGCCAGAAAUAAAUAGCGCGGGAUGAUCAA